AACUGAUGAAUUCAUGUCACAAAGUUCCUUCCGGAGAUCGAAAAAGCUCAAAUGUUCCAAACAUUCCAGGUCGGUCCGUGUCUGCUGCUUGUUCUGGGUUCUUCUCUCCAGAUCUGCUUUGAAUUAAGAUCUCACGCGCGCUCUGAUUGGCUCAUCGUUUGGAUUGAAGUUGUGUUUUUUCACCACACCCUUUAAUAAAUCUCAUUCUCAGCAUUUUUCCCUGCGGAUCAGCUCGAGGUGCGUAACGGGACACCGCAGGAGCAAAGUUGUAGUUAUCUAAUAUUCACCAGAAGCAGCGACGCGAAGAAGAAAAGUAAAUAUUGUAGUGUGAUUUUGGGGGAAGAUCCAUCACUUGUGGGACUUUUUACUUCGCCACAGUGAAGCUCCAUGGCGCACUUGUGCAGGCAGGUGAGCGGCAGUGCGGCCAGCUGCGCCGGCUGGGUCGGAAUCAUCGUCGCCACGGCAACAAACGACUGGGUUCGGACCUGCGACUACUCGGUGGCCACGUGCGUCCGCAUGGACGAGCUGGGCUCGCGGGGACUCUGGGCCGAGUGCGUCAUCUCUCCCGCGCUUUAUCACUGCGUGGCGCUCAGCCAGGUGCUCUCCCUGCCAGCCUACAUCCAAACGUCUCGUGCUCUGAUGAUCUGCUCGUGUCUCCUCGGGCUUCCCUCCUUGCUGCUGGUGCUGAUGUCGAUGCCUUGCGUCCGGCUGCAGAACGACAACGCCGCCAUCAAGCAGCGCCGGGCCCGGGUGGGAGGCGUCCUCUUCCUCCUCAUGGCCCUGUGCGGCGGCGUAUCGACGGUCUGGUUCCCCAUCGGCGCUCACCGGGAGGAGCGUCUGAUGGCGUUCGGCUUCUCUCUCUACGCCGGCUGGGUGGGCUCCGGCCUCUGCCUGCUGGGCGGCGCCGUGAUCCUGUUCUGCCGCGGCAUCGACCCCGGCCCCCCGAGCAGGGGCAACAGCUUCUACUACUACUCCAGGCAGGGGGGCACGGCCACGCCGCUGGACCCCCCCGCCAACCACGCCAAGAGCGAGCGAGUGUGAAGCCGCCGUGCACUUAGCAUGCAUUAUUCUAAAACAUUUAACAUCUAAAGCCAAGAUAAAUAACGAGUUUAAUGAUUUCUCUCUGCAGGUUUUACAUGAUUUGAAAAAAAAAGUAUAUUAUUUCACUUUACAUUUUUCCCAAAUGUUACCUUCAGAUUACAAGUAGCGAGUUGAUAUUAUGUAAACUCCUUUAGCUUCUUCACAUAUAGACGGCACAAUCAAAAAGAAUCAAUCUGUAUUGUCAAAAAAUAAUAAAGGUUUUUAAGUGAU